CCGCCCGUCUGCGGCCUCCGGAGGUUCUGCGCGUCAGCCGGAAAGCCGGCGAGCUGAAGCCGGCGGGCGCGCCUGGCCCACUCCUCUCCCGUAGACAGGCGCGGGGGGCCCCCAGCCAGACCGCCGCAGCCCCCCUGCGCCCUCGCAGCCCGCUCCGGCCGGGUGGCGGGGCCGCUGAGGGAUCCCGACCCUCCCUGCGGUGCCGCCGCCACGGCUGCCAUGAUGGAUCGGAAGUGAGCCUCGGGGCGACGGCUGCCGGCGCGGGCGCUUCGAGUCCCAGCUCCCCGGCCGCCCCUGCCCGCCCGGGGUGGGGAGCGCGGCGCGGCGCGCGGAGGGCAGCCGACUCCCCUCGGCGCUCGCCACCUCCUCGGACGCCGCGUGCCCACGGCCUCGCCCCGCGCUGAGCGGCGGGGAGCGGCCCCCGGCCUCGGGCCCCGGCGGCGAGGAAGAUGGCGGACCCGGCCGAGUGCAACAUCAAAGUGAUGUGUCGCUUCCGACCCCUCAACGAGUCCGAAGUGAACCGCGGCGACAAGUACGUCGCCAAGUUCCAGGGCGAGGACACCGUCGUGAUCGCGUCCAAGCCUUAUGCAUUUGAUCGAGUGUUCCAGUCAAGCACAUCUCAAGAGCAAGUAUACAAUGACUGUGCAAAAAAGAUUGUUAAGGAUGUACUUGAGGGAUACAAUGGAACAAUAUUUGCAUAUGGACAAACGUCCUCUGGGAAGACACACACAAUGGAGGGUAAGCUUCAUGAUCCAGAAGGCAUGGGAAUUAUUCCAAGAAUAGUGCAAGAUAUUUUUAACUACAUUUACUCCAUGGAUGAGAAUUUGGAAUUUCAUAUUAAGGUUUCGUAUUUUGAGAUUUAUUUGGAUAAGAUAAGGGACCUAUUAGACGUUUCAAAGACCAACCUUUCAGUUCACGAAGACAAAAACCGUGUUCCUUAUGUGAAGGGAUGCACAGAGCGUUUUGUAUGUAGUCCAGAUGAAGUUAUGGAUACUAUAGAUGAAGGAAAAUCCAACCGACAUGUAGCAGUUACAAAUAUGAACGAACAUAGCUCUAGGAGUCACAGUAUAUUUCUUAUUAAUGUAAAACAAGAGAACACACAAACGGAACAAAAAUUGAGUGGAAAACUUUAUCUGGUUGAUUUAGCUGGUAGUGAAAAGGUUAGUAAAACUGGAGCUGAAGGUGCUGUACUGGAUGAAGCUAAGAACAUCAACAAAUCACUUUCUGCUCUUGGAAAUGUCAUUUCUGCUUUGGCUGAGGGUAGUACAUAUGUUCCAUAUCGAGAUAGUAAAAUGACAAGAAUUCUUCAAGAUUCAUUAGGAGGCAACUGUAGAACCACCAUUGUAAUUUGCUGUUCUCCGUCGUCAUACAAUGAAUCUGAAACUAAAUCUACACUCCUAUUUGGUCAAAGGGCCAAAACAAUUAAGAAUACAGUCUGUGUCAAUGUGGAGUUAACUGCAGAACAGUGGAAAAAGAAGUAUGAAAAGGAAAAAGAAAAAAAUAAGACCUUACGAAAUACCAUACAGUGGCUUGAAAAUGAACUCAACCGAUGGCGUAAUGGGGAGACAGUGCCCAUUGAUGAACAGUUUGAUAAAGAGAAAGCCAACUUGGAAGCUUUCACAGUGGAUAAGGAUAUUACUAUUACCAAUGAUAAACCAGCAGCCACAAUUGGAGUUACCGGAAGUUUUACCGAUGCUGAAAGAAGAAAGUGUGAAGAAGAAAUUGCUAAAUUGUACAAACAACUUGAUGACAAGGAUGAAGAGAUUAACCAACAGAGUCAGCUGGUGGAGAAACUGAAGACACAAAUGUUGGAUCAGGAAGAGCUUCUGGCAUCUACCAGAAGGGAUCAAGACAAUAUGCAAGCUGAGCUGAAUCGCCUUCAAGCAGAAAAUGAUGCCUCUAAAGAAGAAGUAAAAGAAGUUUUACAAGCCUUAGAGGAACUUGCUGUUAAUUAUGAUCAGAAGUCUCAGGAAGUUGAAGACAAAACCAAGGAGUAUGAAUUGCUUAGUGAUGAGCUGAAUCAGAAAUCGGCAACUUUAGCAAGUAUAGAUGCUGAGCUUCAGAAACUGAAGGAAAUGACCAGCCACCAGAAGAAACGAGCAGCUGAGAUGAUGGCGUCUUUACUGAAAGACCUUGCAGAGAUAGGAAUUGCUGUGGGAAAUAAUGAUGUGAAGCAGCCUGAGGGAACUGGCAUGAUAGAUGAAGAGUUCACUGUUGCCAGGCUCUACAUUAGCAAAAUGAAGUCAGAAGUAAAGACAAUGGUGAAACGCUGCAAGCAGUUGGAAAGCACACAAACAGAGAGCAACAAGAAAAUGGAGGAGAAUGAAAAGGAGUUAGCAGCAUGCCAGCUUCGUAUCUCUCAACAUGAAGCAAAAAUCAAAUCACUGACUGAAUACCUUCAAAAUGUGGAGCAAAAGAAAAGACAACUGGAAGAAUCUGUAGAUUCCCUUGGUGAAGAAUUAGUUCAGCUUCGAGCUCAAGAGAAAGUCCAUGAGAUGGAAAAAGAGCACUUAAAUAAAGUUCAAACUGCAAAUGAAGUUAAGCAAGCUGUUGAACAGCAGAUCCAGAGUCACAGAGAAACUCACCAAAAACAAAUCAGUAGUUUGAGAGAUGAAGUUGAGGCAAAGGAAAAACUUAUAACUGAUCUUCAAGACCAAAACCAGAAAAUGGUGUUAGAGCAGGAACGCCUAAGAGUGGAACAUGAGAAGUUGAAAGCUACAGAUCAGGAAAAAAGCAGAAAACUACAUGAACUUACGGUUAUGCAAGAUAGACGAGAACAAGCAAGACAAGAUUUGAAGGGUUUGGAAGAGACCGUGGCAAAGGAACUUCAGACUUUGCACAACCUACGCAAGCUCUUUGUGCAGGACCUAGCGACCAGAGUUAAAAAGAGUGCGGAGAUUGAUUCUGAUGACACUGGAGGCAGUGCUGCACAAAAGCAAAAGAUUUCUUUCCUUGAAAAUAACCUUGAACAACUCACUAAAGUGCACAAGCAGUUGGUACGUGACAAUGCAGACCUUCGCUGUGAACUUCCUAAGUUAGAGAAGCGACUGAGAGCUACUGCAGAGAGAGUGAAGGCUUUGGAGUCAGCACUGAAAGAAGCCAAAGAAAAUGCAUCUCGUGAUCGCAAACGCUAUCAGCAGGAAGUAGAUCGUAUAAAGGAAGCAGUCAGGUCAAAGAAUAUGGCCAGAAGAGGGCAUUCUGCACAGAUUGCUAAACCCAUUCGUCCCGGACAACACCCGGCAGCAUCUCCAACUCAUCCCAGUGCAAUUCGUGGAGGAGGCGCAUUUGUUCAGAAUAACCAGCCAGUAGCAUUGCGAGGCGGAGGAGGCAAGCAAGUGUAAACACACAUACUCACAGAUGUUGGAGAGUAACUGAAGUAUGAAGAGGACAUAGUAUCAAACAGCCAUUCAGUGACUGUAGCCUCUACCCACCAUGGGAUUGUGGAAUUAUAACUUUUU